ACUUCUUGGAACGAAAGAUAUUCAGAGAGAAGAAGAAGAAGAAGAAGAAUCUUGAAGUUCUUGAAUCUAAAACAACUCGGUGACUCUGUUUCCCAUUUCCGGAGAUCAGAUCGGAUCGGCCUUUUCAAAAUUUUAAUAUCAAGAUGCAGACAACCAACGGCGCAGAUUCAACGUUGGCAACUUCCGGAGCCACGCCGCCGAAUCAACAAACCCCUCCUCCACCUCACCAGUGGCAGCAACAACAACAACCGCAGCAGUGGAUGGCUGCGGCUGCAGCCAUGCAAUAUCCAGCGGCGGCGAUGAUGAUGAUGCAGCAGCAACAGAUGAUGAUGUAUCCUCACCAAUACGUUCCGUAUAAUCAAGGUCCUUAUCAGCAUCAUCAUCCUCAGCUUCACCAAUACGGGUCUUAUCAACAGCAUCAGCAACAACACAAGCCUCUUGACCGUGGAUCUGGAGAUGAUGUCAAGACUCUUUGGGUUGGUGAUCUUCUUCAUUGGAUGGACGAGACUUAUCUCCAUUCUUGCUUCUCUCACACCGGCGAGGUUUCUUCUGUGAAAGUUAUACGUAACAAGCUCACUUCUCAAUCAGAAGGGUAUGGGUUUAUUGAGUUUCCUUCACGUGCUGCAGCUGAAGAAGUUCUUCAGAACUAUAGUGGUUCGGUGAUGCCAAACUCAGACCAGCCCUUCCGGCUAAACUGGGCAUCUUUUAGUACUGGUGAAAAAAGAGCAGUGGAAAAUGGUCCAGAUCUAUCCAUAUUUGUUGGAGAUUUGUCUCCAGAUGUCACUGAUGCUUUAUUGCAUGAGACCUUUUUUGAUAGGUAUCCUUCUGUCAAAAGCGCCAAAGUUGUGAUUGAUUCCAACACCGGCCGGUCCAAAGGUUACGGUUUUGUGAGGUUUGGUGAUGAAAAUGAGAGAUCAAGGGCUUUGACAGAAAUGAAUGGAGCUUACUGUUCGAACAGGCAAAUGCGUGUAGGUGUUGCAACUCCCAAAAGAGCGAUUGCUAAUCAGCAGCAACAUUCUUCACAAGCUUUGAUACUGGCUGGUGGACAUGGAGCAAAUGGUUUCAUGGCACAUGGCUCGCAGUCUGAUGGCGAAUCAACUAACGCAACAAUAUUCGUUGGUGGCAUUGAUGCUGAUGUUACUGAUGAAGACCUCAGACAACCUUUUUCCCAAUUUGGAGAGGUUGUUUCAGUGAAGAUCCCAGUAGGCAAAGGAUGUGGAUUUGUCCAAUUUGCUGACAGGAAGAGUGCUGAAGAUGCUAUCGAGACUUUGAAUGGGACAGUCAUCGGCAAGAACACUGUCAGACUCUCUUGGGGACGAAGCCCGAACAAACAGUGGAGAGGAGACUCGGGACAGCAGUGGAAUGGAGGAUACUCACGAGGACAAGGUUACAACAAUGGAGGAGGAUAUGCUAACCACCACGACUCCAACAACUAUCAUGGGGAGAAUUGAAGAGACUCAUCAAGUGAUCAUCAUCACCAUGGUUUCACACAUCAAAUCUAAAACCUGUAGUCGAAAGGAGAAUUUUGUUAGAUGGAUUUGAUUUUGAUAGACUUGUUGUUUGGAGAGUUUGGAGAAGAUUCAAAAAUUUUGGUUACUGUCUCAGACUAAUAUAAUGGUUGUGACUUG